AUGGAAUCACCGAUUGAUAUUCCAACAAAAGAAGACAAAGAUUUUAUUGUUGAUGAUGGUUAUAAUCCUGAUGAAGAUCCAACAUAUGAACCUAAUGAUUCUUCAUCAUCUGAUGAUGAUAAAUAUGUUGUAAAAGGAAAAGAUUUUAAAAAGCUUACUAAAAAAGCUAAAAAACCUGGUGCUGAAUCUCUUAAUUAUUCAACUCGCAAAAAUAAUAAAUAUGUAGCAACACUUCCAGGUGGAAAGAAAAUUCAUUUCGGGUCAUCACAAUAUCCUGAUUAUCUUAUACAUAAAGACAAAGAAAGAAAAGAUAAAUAUCUAGCUCGCGCUAAAAAGAUUAAAAAUAAACAGGGAGAGUUAACUUAUACUAAUCCUGGAUCGAGUAAUUUCUGGAGCAUAAAUUUACUCUGGCCAGAAAAAUAA